GGGCGGGUGUGUCCGGUUAGAGCCCGAGAGCGCCGAGCCGCCUCCGCCCCGCUCCGCUCCGGCCGGACCCUCCCCCCCGCUCCCCCUGGCGCGGAACCGCCCGGGAGCCCGGGCCUCGCCCUGCAGCCCCGGCCCGCUCGGCGGGGAGGAGGGAGCGGCGGGGAGGGACCCGCAGCCGACUCGACUAUUCAGCAGUAAGAGAGUCGCUGGAGAGGCAUCGACCUGCAUGGCUAGUUCUACACUCUGCGAGCAUGAGGGGAUGCCCAACAUGUGUGCGGGUCAACAGGGCAUUGCUAAGAAAAUCGUCUAGCACAUGGUGUGCAUGUGCACCCGCGUUUGGAAUAAUAGGGACCAUACAUAUCAAAGAACCUCCAGUUACAGGAAGUCCUUUGAAUGAUCUAAGCAUUCUUUGGCAGCUUUCCGCCUCCAGUAGUGAUGUGUUGACGGAAGGAUUUCUGAUUGUGACCUGAAAGCUGGAACCUGGUGGUACCCGCUGAGCCUCCACGAUAGCCCUGGGGCUGGUGGUGGAGUUCUUGCAGCUGACUUCUCCUUUUUUAUGCUCUUUGGCUCUCCAUGCGAGCCAGAGACAAAUGGAUGCAAUCGCCAGCGGCAGCCUCAAAAGGAAGUUUGAAGAUGUGGAUGUGGGCUCGCCCGUCUCCAACUCGGACGAUGAGAUCUCCAACAGCGACAGCGCCGACAGCUGCGAUAGCCUCAACCCCCCAAGCACCAUGGGCUUCAUACCCACGUCCAUCCUGAAGAGGCAGAAGCAGCUGCGCAGGAAGAAUGUGCGUUUCGACCAGGUGACCGUGUACUAUUUUGCCCGGCGCCAGGGCUUCACCAGCGUGCCCAGCCAAGGGGGCAGCUCCCUGGGCAUGGCCCAGCGCCACAACUCCGUCCGCAGGUACACGCUGUGCGAGUUCGCCCAGGAGCAAGAGGUGAAUCAUCGGGAGAUCCUCCGGGAGCACCUCAAGGAGGAGAAACUCCAUGCCAAGAAAAUGAAGCUGACCAAGAACGGCACAGUGGAGUCAGAGGAGGCGGACGGCCUGACCCUGGAGGACGUGUCAGACGACGACAUUGAUGUGGAGAACGUGGAAGUCGAUGACUAUUUCUUUCUGCAGCCACUGCCCACCAAGCGGCGCCGAGCCCUGCUCCGGGCCUCCGGGGUUCACCGCAUCGAUGCUGAGGAGAAGCAGGAACUGCGCGCCAUCCGCCUGUCGCGAGAGGAAUGCGGCUGCGACUGCCGCCUGUACUGCGACCCUGAAGCCUGCGCUUGCAGCCAAGCUGGAAUUAAAUGCCAGGUGGAUCGCAUGUCCUUCCCGUGUGGCUGCUCCAGGGAUGGCUGUGGGAACAUGGCCGGGCGAAUAGAAUUUAAUCCCAUCCGGGUGCGGACUCACUAUCUCCACACCAUCAUGAAGCUGGAGCUGGAGAACAAGCGGCAGGUGAGCCGGCCCCAGGCCCUGGAGGAGGAGUCUCUGCACGGCUCCGGCAACGACUGGCUGGGAACGCAGCCCUCGGAGACGCAAGACUUCCAGGAGUUCAUGGCGGAGAACGAGACGGCCGUCAUGCACCUGCAGACGGCGGAGGAGCUGGAGAGGCUGAAGGCUGAGGAAGACUCCAGUGACGCCAACAUAGAGAGCUUAGGAGUGUGCAUCCUUGAGGAGCCUCUGGCCGUGCCUGAGGGGCUGUGUCCAGGCCUACCCACGCCUAUCCUCAUUCAAGCCCAGCUCCCUCCGGGCUCGUCUGUCCUGUGCUUCGCAGACAGCACCGAGCAGGCAGCCUCGGCUGGGGGCGACCAGCCCUACUUGAACAAUGGGCCGGUGGUGUACUACCAGGUGGACCAAAGGUCCGUGCUGGGGGUGAAGGGGGAGAGUGGCACGGAGGAGUCGGAGAUGCCCUCUCCUUACGCGAAUGAGAAGGAUCUGAGCAUCUUCUCCGUCCCCGUGGCCUCGCUGGUGCCUUGCAGCAGAGCCGUGGCCCCAAGCAAGACGGAGACAGGGAAAGUUGCCGCCUUGUCUCUGGAGCCCUCCCUGCCCCACGAGAGCUGCAGGGCAGCCGCAGCUCCGCCGUUCCGUACAAACGCUCCGUCGUCUGGACUGGAGCAGGCCCCGGAGAGAGUGUGUGAGCUGCCUUCCCCGGAGGAGCGCUCCCUGGGGCCCGCCCUGGCUGUGUGACCCAGCCCCUGGCCCCUCCAGGAGCUUUUGCUGAUGUCUAUUUAUUGACAGAUAUUUUAUCGAGUGGCAGUAGCCGCUGAGGAUUAUUUAAUUGGUAUUGGGGGGUGGGAGCCAGGCUGCUUUGUAUGAUUUCAAAGAAAACCAAUGAAACCAAGCGCUUGUGGCA